AAAGCAAUCAUGUCUCUGCAACCCCAACGAAAUCGAUGCAAGAAGAAUCACAGUUUACUCUCUUUCCUAAACUUCCCAGAGAUAUACGUCUGCUGAUUUGGAAGCUGCUAUGCCUGGUCCUAGACUUGUGUAUAUCGAGCAAGUUCCGUUGUAUAUGACUAUUGGGGCUUGGGAGAAGGAGCAAGAUUGUCGUUGGCCACCUUUGGAUGGUGACAAUGACAAGACAAGAAAGAAACAAGACGAUGCUCGUUCCUGGGCAGCGUUUAUAGCGAAUAUGAGGGCGAAGCACUUUGAUGGUGCCGACUAUCGAGACGCAUCCAUGAUGGGUAUUUCGAGCAAAAUGCCCAUCCCAGACAUCUUCCUAGCCUGUCGAGAGGCUUACAAUGCAUCCGCAAUCCACUAUAAACGCAUCUUCGUCACUUCAAGGCCUAACGCAUACUUCAACUUCGAAACAGAUACCCUGUGUCUGGAUUGGUACAAUAUCUCUAACACGCAAUGGGAUGGUAACGUACCUAAUCACUUUGAUCUUUGGAAAGGAUUCAGGCAAGAAGACGUCAAGGAUAUCCGAAAGCACAGGAUCUCAACCAUAAAUACGAAAGAGUCAAGAAAGCUGGCGAAGUUGCGUACAACGCCAUCAAGGACAGAGUUGAGUCUGAAGGCUGCCGUGCUUGUAAAAAGCUGGCCGAGCACGGAGAGGAGCAAGUUCAAGAAGUAUAGAGCUUUGAACGAAUUGAUAAGGCUAUAGCUAAUCAUACGGAACAAGCAAAUUGGAGCCUGCUAUUGUGUUGUCUGGCGGACUUGAAAGCUAUAGAUGAAAUAUCUGCAAACUAUUCGAGAUCUUAUAUGCUGUACAGUCGAGACUAACUUCCAAUUAAGUUAGCCCAGUCCAACGUCGAUUUAGACCGUUACUCACUAUACGUGGUUGAUUUGAUUUUGCUAUUGUUAUGUACCUAUGUCAUACAUACAUGUAUCUACAAAGUCCCGGCUAUAUGGUUCCCGAGAUCGAACUAUUUAAAUGCA